GAUUUAUGUCAUAUUUAUUCAUAUGAAUGAUUACCCCCCUCCAUACGGCCCUCAUCCCAUCAAUAACCCCGGGUACCCCCCAGUUAUCGGCCCUCAGCCCUCAGUGUUCCCUGGCUCCUCAUACCAGACCUUCCCUCAGAACUAUGCCGGACCCUCAGGGCCCUACAUGAACCAGCCCGGGUACCAGGGCUACCAGACCGGACCCCACGGAGAGCAGCUUAGACCCACCACCACAGUGGUGGUGGUCGAGCAGCAGAGGCCUCAGGACGACGGUGGCGGCGCUGAGGAGGGAUUCCUCGCGGCGUGUUACGCUGCUGUGUGCUGCUGCUGCCUCAUGGACAUGCUGAGCGACGACCACUCCGACUACUGCACUGACUGACCUCUGACCUCUGAAGGAAUGAUUUUAAAAAGUGUAAAAAUGUGUUUUAAUUUAGGAUAAAAUACUUUUAUUUUUCUGUCUUAUUUUUAUUUCUCUUAGGGUCUUUAAAGAUCGAGCUCUCUGAUUGGACAGAGAAGAGUCUGACAGAUAAGUUGCUAUCUCAUUGUGUUUGUUUUGGUUGUUUUCACUGAGCUCUGUAACUUAAAUAGAUUUGACUGACCCUGGGUCAGUUAGCCCUCAUGAUUGUAAUCGUCCAAACCUUUUACCCAUCAUCUAUGGAGACCCACAGAGGACUCUGUCUCGGUGGGUGAUGUUUGGAGGAUUCAGUGUAGCCACUCGUUUUUAAAGCUGAGAUCUGAACCAAGCCUUCAUCUCUGAGUGUCUGUGUUUUAAGUUCAGAAAGGACAAACAUAUCAUGUAUGUUAGCUGAAUGUACAUACAGAUAUCUGUAUAUGAACAUAAAUAAAUCAAGAAUUAAUUCUG